GCAACUAUAAGGGAAAAUGAUAAUAUAAUAUUAAAAGCAAGAUUCUAUCUUCUUAUAGUGCUCAAUGGAAUGUUGCGAACAUAAAGUGGAUGCUUCCAAACUAAUAUAAAUUUACGAAGAACUGCUCUGUUCUUCCCACAGAAAAAAUAUCAUUUGGUAGCCCUUCCACCACACUAUAAUUUCCACCUAGUAGUGGAUCAACAAAGCUCUCUUCUAUAGCCAUCAACUCAAUUUUGUACUGAACUAUGUCACGAGGAAGGGAUCCUUUGGCAUUGAGCCAGGUAAUUGGUGAUGUGUUGGAUCCUUUCAUAAAGUCAGCAACAAUGAGGAUUAAUUAUGGUGACAAGGAGAUCACAAAUGGCACUGGACUACGAGCAUCUGCUGUGUUCAAUGCACCACAUGUUGAGAUUGAAGGCCACGACCAAACAAAGCUCUACACACUUGUUAUGGUGGAUCCUGAUGCACCAAGUCCGAGCAAACCAGAGUACAGGGAAUAUCUGCAUUGGUUGGUGACAGAUAUACCAGAGGCAAGAGACAUACGUUUUGGCAAUGAAAUAGUCCCCUAUGAAAGCCCAAGACCACCAGCUGGAAUUCAUCGAAUUGUUUUUGUGCUAUUCAAACAGCAAGCAAGACAAACAGUUUAUGCACCAGGAUGGCGGCAAAAUUUCAACAUCAGAGACUUCUCAGCAAUUUACAAUCUUGGAGCACCAGUUGCUGCAUUAUACUUCAACUGCCAAAAGGAAAGCGGUGUUGGUGGCAGAAGGUUCCUGGGAUCAAGCUGAAGAACAGAUACAGAGAAACAUCAACAUCAAGGCAAUAACAUUCACAAUUCAGAAAUUAAUCCACAAAACAGUUGAAAAUAUAUGAGAUGUUAGUUGGCAGCUAAGCUCUAGAGUAAUUGACUCGUAUCAUAUGAAACAAACACAGUAUUUGGAGGUCAUCUUCCUAUAUUACCCACCUCAAUAAAGAUUAUGAUGUUCGUAUUAGCAAUUAUGAGAAAAGGUGUUCACUUACAAACAACUCAUUUGUGUCUAAGCAUGAAGGAGACCAUGCCACAUGGACAUGGCCAUCCUGCGUGCUCAGAUAGCGCACCAUCUGAGAACUAGCAGAUUGACCCGGCCUGCUAAGUGCUAAGGGCCUCACACACCCAGCGUCCAUUCCAACUAAGAUACGACAGGCAACGCGCCUAUGAACCGGCGAGAUGCGAACCGAAGUUUGCUUUGAACCACGCGCCCCCCAGCCACCGGGUGCACGCCGCCGCGCCGCUCACUCACCGUUUGGCACCGCAGCGGUUCCGAAUCGACAGUAGUAUAACGAGAAACAUGAUAAUCACAGAGGUGGAGACUGGGGACUGGA